CGUCACUGCAUAGCGAGGCGUCGGCUGGUAUUAGACAGUAGCUCGGGGAAGUAAUAGUCAUGGCAGACUCAUGCGCAACCUGCGCCUCAAGCUAUUCUUCCCACACCCUCCCCGCCUCCGAGAAGCCACUCCUCCCCGGCCGCCACCUCCCCUGCUGCUCCCGAUCCAUAUGCUCCCGCUGUCUGAAUCAGAACAAGCGAUACGAAACCUACUGUCCUUACUGCCAAAUCUCCACCGAACCCUCACUACUCCCACAAGGCCUGCGAGAUCCACCCGCAUAUGCAUCACUCGACGACCGGAUACCGCCACCCCCGGAGAAGGGUGGCAGUGAUGAAGACGAAGACCUCCCCGCGUAUUCUGCGCAUCAGGCCGUCCAACCCGCAGAUGAGAAGCGAAGGGAUGAAGACCCCGCGCCGGAUGUGUUGCACUUUCUCAAACCGGAAGACAGCAUGCACGCCCUCGCCCUCGCUUACGGCGUCCCAAUUAACGCACUGCGAAGAACGAACAACAUCUUCUCGGACAACCUAAUCCAGGGCCGAAGAACUAUCUUAAUACCGGGAGAAUACUAUAAAGGCGGCGUCUCCCUCUCUCCCUCGCCACCCGAGGGCGAAGAAGAGGAAAUCAAGAGGAGCAAGGUGAGGAGAUGGAUGACAACGUGCAAAGUCGCGGAGUACGACGUCGCCCUUCUCUAUCUUCAGCAAGCGGACUGGGAGUUGGAUCUGGCCAUCGAUGCGUUUCGAGAAGACGAGAGAUGGGAAAAGGAACAUCCUCUGUCGAAAGCAGACGCGAAGAAAGGCAAGAUGGCGCAGAGGGUGGGUAUGAGACGAUUCGUAGGCGCGGAUGGGGCGGCACGAUGAAUAGUCGAUCGCGACCUUGUAUCUCCCCGUUGUGUCGAUCUGACAGCUCUCGGAAGCUGUCGUUACGGACCGAAAGCCUGACCCUCGCCAUGUCUGGAUGCCCAGCAGCCGCCGAUCCCUACUAUGCAGCGAGGAUGAUGUUGGAUCUGCCAUGCUGUUAGACGCCCAAAAGGCCCACUGCUGCGCCUUUGCCUUCGACUCGAUCGGGCUCCGCUGCGCUCUCAACGAACUGCCUCUGCGAAACCAAGUCUUGAACGUCGAGACGUCGAAUCACCACAAGCGGGUUCUGUGCAUAGGGUGGCAUGCGCAUUCUCCGCACUCCGGAGCGAUUUGCAGCUCAAAGCAACCUACGAUGCCGGCGCGAACGAGCUGCCUCGCGGAUCUUCCCGCGAUCUGCAGUGAGUCUGAAGCAGAUAAUGUUGGAGUGAAGAAUAGGCU